CAACCUGUUAACAUGCUUUCAAAUCCAGAAAUAUUAAGAUAUAGCAGACAUUUGUUGUUACCUCAAGUAGGAAUUGAAGGUCAAAUAGCAUUAAAAAAUGCCCAUAUAUUGAUAAUAGGAGCAGGAGGGUUAGGUUGUUCAGCUAUAUUAUAUUUAUCAGCAGCAGGAAUUGGAAAGCUAACUAUAGUUGAUGAUGAUAAAAUAUCUAUUGAAAAUUUACAUAGACAAAUUUUAUAUACACAAAAUGAUGUUGGUUAUUUUAAAUCUGAUUUUGCUAAAAAAAUGGCUAUAUCUCGGAAUCCUCAAAUAUAUUGUCAAAAUUUGACUGAGAGACUUACAUAUGAGAAUGCAUUAAAUAUAUUAAAUUUAAACUUUAAUGAUAAUAACUUAGUAAGUCAUACUCACUUAACUUCUGACUUUAGUUUAAUUAUUGAUGCAACUGAUAAUGUUGAAACUAGAUAUUUAAUUAAUGACUUAGCAUUGUUUUUAAAUAUUCCUUGGAUAUAUGGUAGUGCUAUUGGAUUUGAAGGCCAUAUGUCAACUUUUAACUACCAUUCAUCAGAUAAAGAUAAAUCAUUGUGUUACAAAUGCCUUUUCCCUGUACCUCCACCAUUAUUUACUAUCUCCAAUUGCAAUGAAAUAGGUGUUUUUGGUGCUUUACCAGGUAUUAUUGGAAUGUUUCAAGCAUUAGAAGCUCAAAAGAUUUUAAUACCUACAUUGUCUCCUUCCUAUAAUGGAAAGCUAUUAAUUUUUGAUUCUUUAUCAAAUACUGGAUGUUUUAAAGAAAUACAAUUACGAAAUAAAAAUCAUGAAUGUUCAUCUUGUAACCAAAAAAUGGACAAGACUAGAUUUAUUGAGUCAGGGCACAUGUAUAAUGAACUUAUAGUAAAAAAUUGCAGUAUUGAAUCAAAUAAUUCAAAUAAGAAUCACAUUUCAGUAUAUGACUUUGUGCAAUUUCUUCGUGUGCAUUCAAACACUUGCUAUAGUGUGAUAGAUGUUAGAGAGAAACAUGAACUAAAAAUUUGUAAAUUGUCAAAUUAUAAUACAAAUUCAAUUUUAACACUUUCAAAUCCCUUGAAAGUAAGGAAUAAUGAUUGCAUCAAUCUUUGUUAUGAUAGCAAUCUUAAUUUUUCAAAUAUCCCCUUUUCCGCCAUCACGAGGAGCACGUAUUCACGGAAUGAUAAUGAAGAUUUAAUAAGCGACGACAUGAUUGCAAAUAUUAGAAAUAACGUCUGUACAAUCGAGCCGAAUCAUCCUUAUAAAAUAUUUGUAUUGUGCCGGAGAGGAAACGAUUCCAUUCGUGCUUGCCAAAUUUUGCGAUCAAAGUUGGAACGAAUAAACCUGACCGAUAAAAAUGAAAAAAACUCAUUUGCCGUGUAUAAUAUAAUUGGUGGGCUGCACGCCUGGUCAAGCGAUAUAGAUCCCGAAUUUCCUGUUUAUUAACAAACAAAAAAUGACAUAAUAUGCCAAUUUUUAGAGUUUGUUCUUUACAUUAUCAUGAAAUAAAAAAAUAAUUUAUGUAUGUUCCAUUUACUAUUUAUAUUGUUAAUUCUAGUCUGUAGAAUGGUCCGUAUGG